GAGGCAUCAGAUGCGAUAGCGUCACUUCAAUCCGGAGGAGGUGGCGGAUUUUCAGUGCGACAGAGACUCGCUGCUGCCACCGCAAAAUGGGUUGAAACGUUUGCAAAGCCUGAGCAAAGCGCUUUGGAACUCCUCGAAGUGUGGGAAAACAAGGCACAGAACUUGGAUUACCUCGACCAGCUGGACUUGCCUACUGUUCUCGAGAAGGCUGGCAUCAAGCUCCCGCCAGGUUUGCAAAACUUACUACCGGGAUCUAGUUCACCCAAAGCCGGAAAGUCGAGUCGCGGAAAUAGAGAUCAUCAAGGCAGCACAAGUGGCAAGAGUAGAGGUGGACAUAGGAACAGGGAAAAAAAAGGGGCGUCGCAAUUGUUGCAGUCGAAAACGCUUGCGUCUCUAAACCUUUCCGCGUCAGACUUCACGACCGAUCCCGUGAACGCAAUCAGCAAGAUCCUAGGGAAUGAGCGAGUCGCCGCUAAAGCGGACCUCGCUCUGGGCAAAGUCGACGGCAUCCUGAAACAAGUGAACACCAUCAUCCCCUCAGAUGUUAGCGCUAUCCAGAAUCUUCUAGGUUUAGGUAGCCUUGGCGGAACCGCAAACGACACAACAGCUGCGAGCAGUUCGUCCCAAGCAACGCCGUCGACUGGGGCAUCGGGCACGUCGACGCAAAUAUAUUCGGACGUGAGUUCUUCAUCUGAAGCAGUGGGUAUUCCUGGAGGCGUCUCAAAUUCCGGGCAAGCUCUUUCGAAAGUGGGAGAAGAACAAGAUCAAGAAGAGAAAAAUGUCGUGUCCAAC